GGUUACAUGCUGCUUCCUAGCCUUUAAAACAAAAGACAAAUAACCCGCGGUCGAUUGCUGGUACCAGUAGAAAUAAUGUAAACAAGCCAUGGCGGGUAGUAUGAGGUUGAAUACAGUUCCAAGACUUCUGCAGUCAUCAAAAUGUUUCCAGUCAUGUAUGUUACCAGCAUCAUCACAGGCAAAGGCUGCUGUGCAGAUGGAGAAGUACUGGAAGAAAAACAGGGACCGGAAUCGUCCACUUUCACCUCAUCUUACAGUGUAUAGGAUGCCAGUAACAGCAGUGAUGUCAAUAUCUAACAGAAUAACUGGAUCAGUUCUUACUGCAUUUAUUGUUGGCGGACCAAUCAUCUAUAUGUUAGGGAGUAAUGACUAUGCAGGAUGUUUACAGGCAGUACAGAACUGGGGGUCGCUGGGAACGGGACUGAUAAAUCUAGUCAAAUUUAGUCUUGCCUUUACUUUUAGCUACCAUACAAUAGCAAGUAUCAGGCAUUUGGCAUGGGAUAUGGUUUACGGCUUCCAGUUGCCGCAGAUAGCCAAGACAGGUUGGGCUGUAUUAUUCUUCACGCUGCUGAUGACCGCUGCCUUGAUGUGUAUGUAACAGACAUUUAUUAACAUGGUGCAGUGUUUCUAUAGAUCGGCCAGUAUUCGCAUUGAUUUUAUAGAGCAAUUUGAUAGGCACUUAUUUUUGUUAUCAAGAAAUAUGAAUAUUGUCCAAUCUACAGCAAUACAUGUAUAGUUGGAAAAAAAAUAGAAAAACUUAGUUAGGAUAUUUUAGCUUGUAUGAAUUGUAGCUAUGAUAAUCAAGAACGGUAUUUAAACGUGAUACAGAACCGAGUGCCUUUGAUGUUUCUGUGAUGUGUCUCCAGAUGGGAACCUUAAUAUGGACCAGUGUUGUGUUCAAUGUUACAUCAUGUACUAGCUUAAUUUUCUUCAUAGGAAACUGUAAUCAAGAUGUUAUCUUUGAAAUUUAAGGAUGAAAGUCUUAUUUUUAGAUUUCCUGUUAAAGGAAUUAUUCUUAUAUUGCCGUAUUUAAUUUUAUCCACUUUGUGAC